UGACUUUCCAUUUGAUGCGCUGUACCGCUUUAUCCUUCACUGUCUUCGGGUUGCGGUUGUUUUAACUUUACCUUAAAUUCGUGCCAUUUCGGAGGGAUAACAUCUUAAUGUUUUCCGUAAAGUUCCCAGGGUUCUCGAGCUGUGCCCAGCUGACAGGCUUUCGAAGAUGGCACAAUAACAGUUCCAGUGAUGCCUGACCAUGACAGCACAUCCCUCUUAAGCAGACAAACCAAGAGAAGAAGAGUUGACAUAGGAGUGAAGAGGACUGUUGGGCAAGCAUCUGUGGUUUUUACCCGCGCAAAAGCAACCUUUCUUAGUGCCAUGAAUCCCCACGGUUCCGAUCAGGAUGUUGAGUGUUCAGUGGUGCAGCACGCAGACGGUGAGAAGUCCAACGUGCUUCGCAAGCUGUUGAAGAGAGCAAACUCUUAUGAAGACGCUGUCAUGCCCUUUCCAGGGGCAACCAUCAUAUCUCAGCUUCUGAAAAACAAUUUGACCAAAAAUGGAGGCAGUGAGCCUAAUUUCCAGGGAAGUGGCCUCUCGAGUACCGGCUCAGAGAUCCAGCAGGAGGAUGCUUGCAGCAACUCCUCACGGGGCAGCCCUCAGGAGUGCCUUUCACCAUUCAGCAGGCCCUCCAUGACCCAAUUUGAGAUGGAGAGGCUAACAGAUGAGCAUCUAAGGGCCAAACGAGCCCGGGUGGAGAACAUCAUCCGUGGGAUGAGCCAUUCUCCCAGCGUCACACUUCGAGCAGGAGAUAACGACCGUGAGGGGGCAGCGCAGCCCCCGAGUCCUCGUGAGAACUACCGGGAAAACAAGCGCAAACAGAAACUGCCACAGCAGCAGCAGCAGAGUUUCCAGCAGCUCGUCUCUGCACGCAAAGAACAGAAACACGAAGAACGGCGGCAACUUAAACUACAGCUGGAGGACAUGCAGAAGCAGCUCCGGCAACUGCAAGAGAAGUUCUACCAGAUUUAUGACAGCACUGACUCUGAAAACGAUGAAGAUGGUAACCUCUCUGAAGACAGCAUGCGCUCUGAUGGAAUGGACAAUCGUGCCCACGACUCUGUCCCAGAUCGUUCCGACAACGAAAUGUCUGACCUGGAUCCGGGGCACUUUUUGGAUCGAGCACGCGCACUUAUUCGGGAGCAGAGCAUGAUGGAGGGGGACAAACCCAAGCGUGAUGGGUCAAGAGGAAAGAGCCAGGGACCAACCUCCAUGCAUGCAGAGGGCAAACAGCUGGCAGAAACGCUAAAACAAGAGCUCAAUACAGCAAUGUCCCAGGUAGUGGACACUGUGGUGAAGGUCUUUGCCAAGCCUCCACGCCCAGUUCCUCAGGUUUUCCCACCCCUGCACAUGGAAUCCCCUGAUCGUUUCGCAGUCAAUGGAGAAACCCCAAAUUUCCAUACUGCCAACCAGCGCUUGCAAUGUUUUGGUGAUGUCAUCAUUCCUAAUCCCCUGGACACUUUUGCUAGUAUGCAGGUGCCCAACUCAAACGACCAAACAGAGGCCCUGCCUUUGGUGGUGAGAAAGAACUCUUCAGAUCAGACUGGGUCUCUUCCCACACCUGGGGGUCACCACCACCAUCCCUCUCUGCACCCCCCACCUUUAUCUUCUACAAUGGGCUUUAGUCCUCCCUCUUUCCGCCAUCCUUUCCCCCUUCCUCUAAUGGGCUACCCUUUCCAAAGCCCUUUAGGUGCCCCAACAGGGCCUUACCCAGGAAAGGAUAGGUCUUCUCCUGAGUCUCUGGAUCUGUCCAGAGAGACCACCAGCCUACGGACCAAGAUGUCGUCUAACCACCUCAGCCACCAUCGUUCCAUCUCACCAACACACCCAGGGAAUGAAGGCUUGUCCUUGUCCCUCAUCAAGUCAGAAUGCGGAGACCUUCAGGACAUGUCAGACAUCUCUCCAUAUUCAGGAAGUACAAUCCAAGAGGGGCUUUCGCCGAACCAUCUGAAAAAGGCCAAGCUGAUGUUCUUCUACACACGCUACCCCAGCUCCAACAUGCUGAAGAUGUUCUUCUCAGACGUGAAGUUCAACCGCUGCAUCACAUCCCAGCUGAUCAAGUGGUUCAGCAACUUCCGCGAGUUCUACUACAUCCAGAUGGAGAAAUUCGCCCGGCAGGCCAUCAACGAUGGCGUGACAGGGUCAGAAGAGCUGAGCGUGAGCCGAGACUGCGAGCUUUUCCGCGCUCUCAACAUGCACUACAACAAGGCCAACGAUUUUGAGGUGGGUCCUCGUCCAUUCUGUGUUUCACUCUACUGA